AUGCAUCUUUCACAGAAACUCAAGCUGCGCUCCGAUUCUGUCCCCCUUCUUCAACACUCGGCCAACAACAUGACUUCCAAGACUUCAGAAGCCACAGCUCCAGUAGAGACCCGUAACAAUCUUAACAUUAAAGACAAGCGCAACAUCAAAAUUGGAAUCGUCGCACUUCGGACUAUCGGCAAAUGGACUGAUAAAGCUGCACUGACGCUCGAGAAGCUCGAGAGUCAAGACACGUCGAAGCACAGCCAUGAGCACAAGGACCGCUUGAAUACAAAUAACAGAAGUAGUGCGAACGGAGAAAUUCAGGAACCUGGGCUAUGGAGGGAGAUUGUCGUGUGUCCUGUACCUGUUCGAACUGGUGUUUCCAAGGCAGCGGAAUUACGCGACGAGCCAACGGCGUGUCGGGAAUUACUAGCAUUUGGAAGGGAAGAAGCCCACGAUGCCGUCCAAGUAACCGAGGUUCCAAACCGGGAGGAUCAUCAUGCGUACACCUUAGCUACUGUUCCCGAGUACUACAGCGAGAGUAGUGAUGAUGAAGACGAAAGAGAUACCUGCGGCGAAAAUGUCAUUAGGAACGAUGCUAAAAUCCACACGGAUACGGACCAGUGCUCUUCGGAUGUUUCGAGCGAUGGAGAGGAAGACAACAACAACAAAAAUUUAAGUCCUGGAAAUAGCGACGACGAGACCGACAGUGAUUCAGGGGAAGAGGUAAGGAUAAAGUAUUUGGCUGUUUUACAUGCGAAGAAAUGA